ACCCCGGAUAAGCUGAGGAAAAUGGAUGGAUGGAUGGAUGGAUGGAUGGAUGGAUGGAUGGAUGGAUGCAGAUCUGGGGAGUAACUCUGCCACACAGGGAGUUGCCCUUUACAAGGUUACAAAAUGUGUUAACAUUUCUGUCUGCCUGCCUAUAAACAGAUUUUGUCUCCUCAAUAGUACAACAACAGUGCAAAACGCAGUCGUGAAACUUUAUAGGUGUUGUUGAGAAUAAAUAAAGGAGAAGAUUGGUGUGGUCCAAGCAAGGGAGCAAGACGAAGGGGCCAUUGGCUUCCCCAUUUUACACCCCUGGUCCGAUUUGGCACUGCAGCUGGUGUGAUCCCAUCAUAAGGUGGCCUGUAGUUUGAAAUGUAUCGGGUUUAAUGAAAAGAAAUAAUUUGCACAUUCUGCAUCCUUAAACCCAUACUGCCUUUUUUAGUGAAUUGAUUUGAAGCUACAGUUGGUGAGUAAAAUGUUGUUUGCUGCAGAGUUGCUGUACCUUCAGUAUGGUGUCCUGGCUGUGUUUGUAAGGACUGCACUUCCCCACCAGAAUCAGGGAAGGACAUGGCAUAUCCACAGCAUAAUACACUGUACUAGUGUAGUUUUUUUUAGUUCUGCAAUUCAGUUGACAUUACCUUUUCAGUUGUUCCGUUGUGCUUUAUAUAAUUCUCCCCCUUCUCUUGUUUGUGCAGCCCUUCUCCAAUGGUGUGCAAGUCAGUGAUGAGUAUGACAUCCUUCCCUCACGGCACUCACCAACGCAGUCCACACUUGCCAGUAGCCAUAAACCCUCCAACCCUUUCAACAGCCCUGUGGUAGAACGACAGCGGGGAGUGAUGGAGAGGGUGGAGGACGACUAUCAGAUCCCUUCAUCCAACCUCUGCUUGAGCCAGGCUCCCAUCUGCAUCUCUGUACCCAGCAGGCACUGGGAGAACGGCUCUCCAGAGCCCUACAUCGACGAGAAGCCCCCGGAGCCUGGCGGACACUCUGAGUCGGUCAGGGGGUUGGUCUCACGGGUGGCACAUACAGCCCUUUGCCCCUUCAACACCAGCAAGAUACCAUCUGACUAUGAUAUCCUGCUGCCCCCACAAGCAUUGGAAGACGCUCCAUCCCAGCCUCCUCCUCCACCGGUGAGACACAGCUUCACCGACCUUUCCUCCUCUUCUCCGUCCUCAUUCUGCAACUCCUCCACGUCCUCCUCUUCUGUCAUUGCACGACCACACAGGCCCUCCUCUGGACUCGAGCACUUUCUGUUAACUCCUGGCACAGUGUUUGACAUGCUGAACAGUGCUGCUCCUCUGCCUCCAGUCAGACGACACGCAGAGCAUACUAAAGGCUCCAGGGGCUGCCUGGAGUAUGACCAUUUACCAGCCAGUCAAGUAUCAAUGGACUGUUUGCAGGCCCCUGCCAGGCCGCCCAAGCCACUGCCCAGGAAGAUUCCUCCAGACAUUAAGCCGGGCAAACCUCACAGCUUGGAGUCGGAGAACGUUGACGCCAAAAUCGCGAAGCUGAUGGGGGAGGGCUACUCCUUUGAGGACGUGAAGCGGGCGUUGAUGAUCGCCCAGUACAAAGUGGAUGUGGCCAGAAACAUUCUGCGCGAGUUUGCCUUAGUGGCCCCGAGACUGAACCUGUAGUCCAAGAGACAGCGAAAGGGGAGCACAACAGUAAAGCUGUGCCUCUGAAUGGGCCGACGAAAAAGGGCUCCUUCAUUCUGCUUCAACUACAGUAUUCAACAGAAACAUUUCGAGAGACUUGCCUUUUGUUACCGAACAGAGAUGAUGAUGCUCAACAAAGUGGCUAAAACCAAAUCACUGUAGAACACAGAGAAUCACAAAAGGGAGAAAAUCAUCUGUGAAUGAUUUAAACCUGUGAAAAAAAACAGAACCCGACUUGGUGUUGUUUACGGUGAGCUUUUUGCCAGUGCUGUUUGGUUCCAGGCCUGACUGUAUGCCUGUUUUAAAGCCCUGAUCCUGCUGCUACUGUUCCUUUCACACCCUGGCACCCUUCAGAUUUUAGUUUGAAGGGCCUUACAAUAGAACACAACAUCUCUAGCUCUUUUGCACUUAUAUGCACAGCCAAUUUGUAGGGGUCAUUCUUAUUUACAGCCAGUGGGGGGAGCCAGACUCCAUUAUUUCUCUUCUCUAACUCCUUGUGUUACUUUCUUAUUUUCUUGUUUCCUUGUUUCCUGUUUCACCGGCUCCCUCCUCCUAAUCCCUUGUCCAUUAGAGAAUACUUCAGUGUUUGUCCAGGGUCUGGCGGGCUUAACAGGAUCUGGUGAGCUGGGAGUGGUUAGAUGGAGCCAGAGGAUGCCUAUUGAUUCACUUGUUUCCCCCAGACCUGGAAAAAACUGUACCACUGCUACAGAAGAGCACUUUUUGUUGGACUUGGUCAAGAAGAGUGACUCAUGGAGAGGGUGAAAGGCUUAGUUUUGCUCUUUGAUUCAGACCAGAGGAUUAAUCAGCUUUCUUCAUCCGAGGACAGCAAGCCUAUGAAUGUAUUUGUUCUGCAUGAAUGAGCGAUACCUUUGUACAUUUUCUCCUCGACAAAAGCCAGACGAUCAUGCCUGCAUUUCAGCUCAAGCAUUUAAAUGGCAGAAGCCGACCUGUUGUGUAGAUCAACGAGCCAGAUGUUGUCUGUUGGAGCUCUGCAGCCUCCUGUCUCCACUUCAAUUACACAGCCAUCAUAUGUCCACAUUUGCCACAUAUUUGAGGAAUCACUGUCUGAUUUGGAGUGAAAGUUACUGUAACAAUUUCACAUUUUUUCCUGAUGUAGAGUUGUAGAGUGAUCACAGUAAAGAUGAACAGAAUACUGCAGAGCAUUCAAAGUAUGAGAUGAGAUGAGAUAUAGUUUCACAAUCAGAAACUGUUUAUUGCCAAUGUAUGUUGCACAUACAAGGAAUU